UAAUUCCCCUUUUCUUUUCUUUUUCAAAAUAUUUCUUCAAUUCCCUUUAGGACAGUCAAACCCUACCUACCCUAAAAACCCCACACCCCCUUUCUGCUUCUCUUUCCAGAAAGUUUUGAUUUUGGGAUUUUGGUUUUCUUGAACUCUCUGUUUCUUUUUGUCUUUGCAUUUUUUGGGUUGUUUUGUUUUAGGGGGAGUAAAAAUGGAGGUUAGUUUGAGGUCUGAUGUAGCUGUUUUUGGAAGAAUGGUGGUGGGGUCUGUUCUUGAAGCUGUAGUUGCUGAGACCCUUUUGGCUGCUCAGAGAUCUGUUGCUUCUUUGCUCAUUGUGGCAGGAAUUAUGCUCAAGGAUGCUGAUGCAUUGCCAGAGCUGAUAGGCACUGAUAAAAGGUUUCCAUUCGAGGAGCUGCAUAAAACAGACAAAGCUGGACCUGAGAACAAAGAUGGUAGCGACACAGAGGACGAUGAUGAAGAUGAUGAUGGAGAAGCUGAUGAUCAGGAUGACGAUGAUGCUGAUGAUGAAGACUUUGCAGCUGAAGGAGGAGAUGAUGAUGAUGAAGAAGAAGCAGAUCCUGAAGACAAUCCAGCAUCUAACGGCAACGAAGGCAGCGAUGACGAAGACGAAGAUGAUGAUGAAGACGAUGAGGACGGGGAUGAUGAUGAUGAAGAGGAAGACGAUGAAGAAGAGGAGGAAGAGGAGGAUCAACCACCUGCCAAGAAGAAAAAAUAAACCAUUUCCUUGUUAUGUUUAUUCUGUUUUUCUUCCAUGCUUGUUUGGAGUAUGUAGUAGUAGUAGGAAGAGGGGGAAUUUUAGCUCUUCUGUUGGAAUUAAUCAUCCUUUUGCAGACCAAAUGAACUUCUUGUCACCCUAUUUGACUGUUAGUUAUGAUAUAUAUUCCAUUUAACCCUA